GGCUUUUAAUAGUAUACGAGGCCGAGACGAUCGCCGCGGGCUCGAAAGAGAGAGAACAUCAACUACAGCAGCACAGGAUACUGUGGGACAGGACAUUGUUAUACCUGGCCAUGCGACCAGCGCGCAAAUCCUGAGAUAAGUGCGACGUUAGUGAUAAGAUGGCCAGCGCGCUUGCGGUUGCGCUGCUGGCGCUCCAGAUCAUUGGGGGCAGCUUGCGUGUGAACGGCGCCGGUGACGGAUGCAAGGGCCGCUUUUACAACCUCCGGCGACAUGUGAACUUCCCGCGUUUGCCGAUGGACACUUGCGGUGAGAAUAACGGCGAUCGCAUCGUCGGCGGGCAAGCGGCGGCGCUCGGUGAAUUUCCCUGGAUGACGCGUAUUGGUUACAAGCUGGAGAAUUGUUCUUCACCGGUUGAGUACCGAUGUGGCGGCGCGCUUAUCACAGCCAAUGUUGUGAUCACCGCAGCGCAUUGCACCACCAAUCUACCGAUUAAUCAGUGUAAAUCAUCCGGAACCUACAACACAUACUAUCCUCAUUCGGUGCGCUUGGGCGAACAUCUCAUCAAAUCCGAUCCGGAUUGCGAGCAGAAUGUUUGCGCUGCAAAGGUGCAAGAUAUUGACAUCAUUGAGGUCAUCGUGCAUCCCUUGUACAACACACCAAAACUACGCAAUGACAUCGCCAUUCUGAAACUAAGAAGGAAUGCUAUUUUUAACGGUUGGGUAAAUGCAUUGUGCUUGAUAGCCGAUAGCCGUGUGACGAUCCAACGUUAUAUCAAUCAGACUGGUAUUGUAGCUGGAUGGGGCAUAAUUAACACAAAAACUCAUGAGUUGAGUAAGAAAUUGAUGAAACUGCGAAUUCCGAUUCUUCCGAUCGAGCGUUGUAUGGAUGCGUACAGGGAUCGUGCGAAUCUUUCAGCGAGAGAACAAGUGUGCGCAGGCGGUAAUAUUGGACAAGAUUCCUGCUCGGGUGAUUCCGGUGGCCCGUUGUUCAUCAUCGAUGACUACGAUGGCGGACCCAGAUAUAGAAUGUUGGGUAUUGUCUCGUUUGGAUUCAAGAAGUGUGCGGUUAAACCCCUGCCCGCUGUUUACACCAAUGUCCUGUAUUAUGGAAAGUGGCUUAUGAAUAAUAUAUUUUAAUCUUGAAUCCCCACUGAAUACCUGGGUUGAUAAUAAAUUUCUUUAACUUUUAUUAUAGGAAAAAAUGAUUAUUAAAUGGUUUUGUAGACGUGGUUAUGUAUAAUAUUUUGUAGGUUAAACAGAUGGCAGUGGUGUAAGUGUGUAACCAAAGUUGCCUAUAUUGUGCAGAAAAAGAAAUUUCUUAAUUAUUUUUUUAUUAUAUUUAAUUUUGUGUGAUACCUACGUGGUUAACUAGUGAAUUACGAGUACUUAAAGUGUGGAAAUAAAAUAAAUUCAUGAA